UUACCAUUUUCAUUACGUCUAUGGAAAAACGUAUUAGAUUAGUUCAUUAGAUAAGAGAAAGAGAGAGGGGGCUUUCUAUGUUAUUUAUUUUUUUGAAGGCCAUAUUUGAUGAUCUGAAAACAAAUAUUAAACUCCAAUAUCGGCCUCAUAUGUAUUUAAAUCAUCAUAAUAAAUGUUAUUUUUGUACGCGUGUACAAAUCUUAAAAGGUUUCACUCAUGGUUGAACUUCUUUCUAUUGGCUUAUCUAUUGUUAAAGCAUACGAGCGUACUAGUGGAAAUUGAUUUUUAAUAACAGUUAAUCAAAAAAAUAAUCUAAUGUUGGACCAUAAUCAACUGGAUGAAAUUCCUACGAUGAAUUUCGAGGCUGCUACGUUAAGAAUGUCAAAAGAAGUCACCGAUACUGAGACUAAAGAUGACAUUUACUCACAAGAAAAUAAUAAUAACGCAGCCACGGCAAAAACAAAUAUUUUGAGUAUUCCCUUUAAACAUAUUGAUGUACACACAUUUUUUUCUGAUAGAAAUGAAGUUGUAGAACGUGCAAUUAAAGAAUGUCAAGAGACACUGUCAACUGAUCAGAACGACGAAAUUGUUGGAACUUGGUUAUUAACAGAAAUAAGUUUAUGGGAUACUGAAAAAGAACGAAUGGUGUUAUUGACCAAGAAUGCUUUGUUUUCAAUUAAAUAUGAUUUUAUUUCAUUAAAAAUUCGUGAAUUCCAUCGAGUCCCAUUGGCAGAAAUUGACAAAAUUGCUUAUGGAGAAUUGGAGUACCCAGCAAAAUCUGUUGUACCACGUUUGAAUGGCUUUGCUGAAGGUUUAUCAUCAGCAAUCCAUUGUGCAGUUCGUCAGCAAUGGUCUUCCAUAACUUCACGAUCUGAAAUUAAUUUUGAGCCUAAAAAACGGAACAUGUUUGGUGUUAGAUUAAUGUGGAAUAAAGGAAAACCGCUAAGUUUCGAUAAGAAAUGGAAUCCAUUUGCCAAACAUCUUCCUAUGGUAACUUAUGCUAGCCAUCCUUUAUAUUGGCAUAAAGACUCUAAUGAUGAAAAGACACGUUUUGAUGUUGAUGAUUUUUACGCAGUAUUAAAGAAUCUCUUAAUUGAUCGAUGUGAAUUUAUUAGUACUCCUCUAAUUGUUGAAAAUUAUGUAGGAUUAGGUGCAUUAUUACACAACCGAAAUUCUCUAGGAUUCUUUAAAGUUCGUGGCAGAGUUAGUUUUUAAGAAAACUGUUGAAUUAUGGGUUUUGAAUGAUCUGCAUAUCGAUCUGAUGAAUUUUACUCUAUUGAUAAACGAAAAAAAAAAA